AUGUCCAACAAAUCCAUCCUUGCCGUCUUCGGCGCAAGCGGAAACCAAGGCUACAGCCUCGCCCACCACGUCCUCACUCACCCCACCCUGUCCAAAACAUAUACUGUCCGCGCUCUAUCCCGCACGACUUCCCACCCCCUUCUUACUGCCCUCUCCUCUCUCGGCGCCCAAACCGCCUACGCGGACAUGUCGCUCCCCUUGACCCUCGCUCCCGCCCUCACCGGCGUCACCCACCUCUUCCUCCUAACCACCACCUUCUACACCGGCAACACCCGCACCCUCGAAACCCAGAACGCCCGAAACGUCUGCACCGAAGCCGUCAAACAAGGCGUACGCUACAUAAUCUUCAGCUCCGCAGCUCACGCCUCCGAAAUCACGGAUGGCAAGUUAAGCAACGUCGAGCACUUUGAUGUUAAAGCCGAGAUAGAGGCAUAUAUCCGCAGCUUACCCAUUCAAAGCGCUUUCUUUGCCCCAGCGUCAUUUAUGCAGAACCUGCACACACAUAUGCGACCGCAGCCCAGUGGCGAGGGCGAUGGGAGUUAUGUGCUCACGACUAUGCUGAGAGACGACACAAAAGUCCCGUUUAUCGAUAUCUUGGAUACUGGAAAAUUUGUGGGGGCGAUACUCGCUGAACCACAAAGGUACGCUGGUAAGUACUUGGCCGCAGCGGAAGGGUUCUAUACGCUGAGGGAGAUUGUGGCGGUUAUGGCAAGGGUGACGGGUAAGACCGUGAGGCACGUGCAGCUGGAGGAUGAGAUUGUGAAGGCGAGGUUUCCAGAGGGGCUGAGGGGGGCGUUGGGCGAGAUGUGGAUAUUGUGUAGGGAGUAUGGGUAUUUUGGGAAGGAACAAGAGGAGUUGGUGAAGUGGGCGAAGGAGCAGGUCGAAGGGAAGUUGACGGGCAUGGAGGAAUUCUUGAGGAUGAGUGGGUUUAAUUUGGAGUGA